CGUCGCCACGACGUCUCGUGAUCGCCCAUAUCUCUGUUGUGCUUCGCGCCGGCGCCGACUUUCUUGACUGCUCCAAACACCACCACCCUUCAUGCCGGCUUGAGCUUGGAGGGCGUCCUCAUGGACAGCUCUCUCUCCUGUCUGGCGCAGCCUUCACAGCAUCCGUGGCCGUUGUGAGCCUCCCGGAACCAUGCACCACGCCCUCCAGCUAUUUCUUGCGCUAGGCGCGCUGCUUGUCCGCACAACAGCCAGCUACAGCUUGCCUGUGCAGAAUCACCGGCAAGGACAGCAGCACGUGCUCCAGGCUGGCCAAGCGUCGACUGUACAAGAGCAAAGGCCACCGCAGCAGCCCAUCUCGCCCUUCAAGCACCGCUCCAAUGGUUUCCAGACCGGCUUCGUCGCCCUGGGCGACUCGUACAGUGCUGGGAUAGGCACUGGCUUUCUCGGAAAGGAGGACGACUGCCGGCAUGGGCUGGGAGCCUAUCCGCAGCUCAUCGCCAACGAUCUGGCCGCGAGCCAGCACGGCUCACCAAACAUCACCUCGGCACAGCUGCUCGCCUGCACAGGCGCCACGACGCAGCAGGUCCUUGCGGGCGGCGAGGACAGCCAGAUCGACAAGCUCAACACAUCGCUGCCCACCGACUUUGCCCUGCUAUCCCUCGGGGGCAACGACCUGGGUUUCUUCGAGGUCAUGAACUCGUGCGUCUUCCGCUUCUACAGCUUCUACUCGGGCACGUGUGAGACUGCGCUUGAGCACAGCCGCGCAGCGCUCGAGAGCGACGAGUUCGCCGUGCGACUCGAGAUUACCAUCACCGAGAUCCUCGACGCCGUGCGCUGGGAGAAGAAGCCGUGGUUCUUCAUCACGAUGACGGGCUACGCGCGCUUCUUCGACGCCACCACCGAGGCCUGCGACGACAUGAGCUUCGGCGUCUGGUGGAACGGGCCUCGGCUCACCCGCGAGCUGCGCGCGCGCAUGAACGACCUCGUGCUCGCCGUCAACAACAAGAUCCGCUACACGGUGGGUCUCAUCAACGCCAAGUUCUCGACGGAUAAGGUGCUCUUUGUCGACCACGACGAUCUGUGGGACGGCCAUCGCUUCUGCGAGUCCGGUGUCGUCGAGCCCGACUAUGAGCGCGGAGAUACCUGGUUCUUCCUUGUCGGCGGGGCCGAUAAUGCCAGGAACGGGACGAAUGGCACGUCCACGGGUAUAAGUAGAAAUACGGGCGGCGGCGGGCAGCGCAAUUCGCCAACGGCGCUUGUCGACCCAGCAACUUGUCUCGAGCCAGCCCAGCGCUCGGGCGACUGGGGGGCGCAGGCGCUCUGCUACAUGGCCAUGGCGAAGCAGCGCGAUCCGUCAUUGCGUCCGUCGCCAGCCAUGGAGAGGGUAGUGCUACCGUUGUCGCGGGAUGCCUUCCUCUUGCCGGGCCGCGAAGAUGAUGAAGUUGGGGAUGGAGACGUCCUGGCGGGAAACUCCAUGUGGUAUGUUCCGACGUACUACGGCAAGACAUUCCAUCCGAGGACGCGCGGGCACGAGGCGAUCCGGGACGCAGUGUAUCGAGCCUGGCGCGAGAUGGAGGAGGCCUGAUUGUGGCCGUUUAAUUUUGGGCACUAGCGUUUCCUCGAAGGACUUACUGAAUACUGAAGACUGCUGAUGAUUCCCAAGUUGUGCAGAUUACUCCGGAGUGCAAAUGCAACAUGGCCCUUGUUGUUCUACACUUCGCGCUCCGGCGUGUGCUCGAAGUCGCUCAUAAUCUGAAGGGUGCUGAACAAUUAUAGAAGCCGAUAAUGGACCGUUCUGACGAAUAGAUGCCUUUCUUCUUGACGAUAUCACGGAUGUUCUUGAAUGCUACGACCUGGCUCAAUACUUCACGAGCAAUAAGCCAACCCUUGCCACUCAGCUCAGUCCUCGCCGCAGACCGCGUCGGAAGAUCACAGAGGUAGUUGACAUGAUCUAAAGUCUAGACAGAUCACUCUCCUCCUCCUCCGCCGCCGCCUCCAUCACCACCGCCCCCAUCACCCCCGCUACAUCCGCCGCCGCCG